UUUUAUAGACAUCUGUUCGGUAUUCAAGCAUAGGCUCAACAACAGUAUUCGUUUGAAGUUUAAUUUAGAUGGUCUUUUCUGAACCCUUGGAAAAACAAUUCCGUGUUUGGGUUGAAAUUCAGGUUUACAAAUUCAUUCUGCUUGUUACCAUCCAUUUUGUGUAUCUGGUCUUAAAUUUCCUUCAACAUUUUCAUUCCAUUAAAUCUUUUGGAACGAAAAGCAUCAGUAUCAGAUAGUAGGUAAUACAAAACCUUUAGGGAAGAAAUCAUCCCUGCUACUAGAGAUGCCAUUACAUGCAUUAGUCCUGGGACUGGCCUAGUUGGCAGCAUAAUAUCAAACCCAUGCUGUUUCUUCCAGACAAGGAAGAAGAUUCAAUUGCUUGAAGCAUCUCGUAUACAACAGACGCACAGCUUCUCUCCCUCAGACCCUGCCCAAGCAUCACCAUUAUUGAUGUCAGGUUCAAUCAUAGUCUGCUCUUUCUCUGAUUUUCUUUCUCUUUCCAGCUCAGUUUUUGAUUCUUCUCUUCCUCUGUUUCAUGAUUUAAGGGACAACGAGCAAAUAGCUGGGUGGCUGCACCAUGCCAGUGAGACCUUCACUGAUAAGAUCUCUGAUCUGAUUCAAAAUGUCCAAGGAAAAGAUACCCUUGUUUCCCAUUGCACUCAGAGCCAGGUUUUACUCUCGCUUUUGCUUCUACUGGGUUUCAAUAUUUUUUUUUAUCUUUGCUUAAUUUGAUUAUGUCCAAUUCUUCAUUCUAUUACUACUUAGAAUCCCAUGAGGGAGGAAAGAUAUAAUCUCUAUAAUUAAGAGAUAAAAAGAGUGAGUAAUUUUUUAGUUUUAGAUCGGCAGAAUGAAAUUUUGUCCAAAAAAUAAGUAUUAGAGGUGCUCAAACAUGAUACAACAGGAAGCCUCUAGUGAUGAAUGGAAAACCUAAGCACCCAAACUAACUUUAGAGAGGAAUUCAUGAUAGGGCAUUAAAGGGUUAGCAGAAUGUAAUGUUCAACGUCAAAAUUGCUAGUUUAGUGACAAUUGAGUUGGUUCUGAUGAUAUAAAAUGCUUGCUCUUUGUACUGAGCAUUUUUUUUUUUCCAGUCAUAAGGAGAUCUCUUUUCAACCCCUUUCUUGCUCAGCGAUGAAUCCGUGGCCUGACUUGUGCAAGGAGGUUUACCAGUUAUCUAGAGAUGAAGGAAACACUGGAUAGAAAGUGUUUUGGUGUUGGAGUGCGGCUUCAGUGGCUGGGAGGCUUCCGGUAGACCUGUUUAUCACCGCAAUGUUCCUUGUAAGGGCGAGAUUACACAAUGAUCAAGUGAAAAUUCUUCUUGGAUGAAUGGGAAAUGUAUUUGCCAUGUUACUAACAACCAUAUAUCCAAAAUCAUAAUAUUUGCUUGGGAUAGAAGAUGUAUAUUGUCACUUAUCUUAAUACUUUUCGAUACAUACACCUACCUUGAUUUGUUAAAUG